AUGGCAGCACAUCUGGUGGACGUAAUGGCCGAAUGGGCCAUAAAGAGGGAACUAGGGACACAGCAACAGCUUGAUAGUGCAUUAUGGGCAGAUAUGGAAAAUGUAUUAAAGGAUUUUGUGCCUUACAUGGAACAGAUAGAGGACACCUUAGACUUGUAUGCCACAAGCUGUGGGGAUGAAGGUUGGACACGUAGGGGGGACAGGCAUAAGGGCAUAAAGUAUCGCGGGCACACAGUUGCGGACGUCAUGAAAUGCAGACUGAUGGUUGGAGCAUUAUUUUUCAUAGCUCCGUGGAGAUCUACUCAGCCGCCGGAUACGGACGAGUCGCAAAAUGAUAAGGAGAUGAAGGCUAUUAUGAGGUGCACCGUGGCCAAUGUUUUUGCGUAUAUAUUGGCUGCAAUACCGUGUGGAUUUCAGUGGCUAGGACCAGACCAGGCCUGGUACAUCAUGAAAGAAAUGGGAGGAACGGGUGGGGUGGAAACUUCAAUUUCAGAUGGAACAUGUAGACUCGAUGAGUACACUGAUACAAAGGUGGGAACACGGGAUUUGCAGAGCGCCAUAGAAAAAUGGUUACAGCAAAGUACACCAAUACGUAAUCGUAUGCAGGCAAUAAAGAACAACCCAAAGUGUAAAAUGGAUUGGGCAACGUACAAGAACAAUUUAGAGGCACGAGGGCAACAUGCAGACCUUUCCAGUAUAUUUCAGCAGGACGAUAUGAACACAUUAGUGAAAACGCAGAUGCAAGACAUGUUUAAGACAAUUACCACAACAGUAAGAAAAAAGGUGGACAAGGCACGAAAUAAAACCGGCAGCUCCGGAGGCGUCGGGGACAGUGAUGUUGAAUCUGCGGACGAGGAAGAGGCAGGGAAGAAGAACGCACAAGAGGACAUGAAGGAAAGGACAGCGGAGGAAGCCAAGAAGAAACAGACAGAAGGGUCAGAUUCUAAGAAGGAAAAGGACAAGGCCAGUCCACAGGAACCACAGGGUGGAGGUACUCAGACAACACAUCCGUCAACCACACCAUCACCAACAGGUGCAGGUACAGGGGGUACACCGGGAACUCAGUCGCAACCAACAGGGCCUGUAGGAGUAGGAAGGGCAGACACGCCACCAGCAGACACCAUACCAGGCGCAGGACCCGUACCGCAACCCGCACCUGCGGCACCACCACGGGGAUCACCACCUGGUCCAACAGCAGACGGAUCAGAGAAAGCAGGUAAGAAGUCUAAGUCAACAUGCGGUGUAACCACAGGAUCCCAUGAGAAAGACGUAGGGGAAGGUACCUUAACUGUGUCUGUCUCGUUCGCGUCCCCUUCCGACCCCAAGGAUUGCUCAGGUAGUAAUAGUCCAGAGACUCCGGAGUGUAGUACCCCACUCGACAGCAAAGUGCACCUCGGGAGAGAGAAACCACGCAGCGAGAGAAACCAAACGUCGAAUGAGAGUAACCGGCAGAGCGAUGGGUCGGGCGCGGGGGCGCGCGAUGACGUCGUCGACGGAGGCAAGGUUAGUACCGGGGACGACCCCCCUCCUCUCAAUCCACCCAAACCAAAACCGAACCCGAACCCAAAUCAAUCGGGGAGCAGUGGUGGCGAACAGGGACCACCGGCGGUACCGGGUUCUGGUAAUACUACUAGUCUAGACCCCAGUCCUCAGGGACCCAAUGGGCAAAUGCCGUCUCCCCUAGAACCAGUAUCGGAACCCAAGAAUAAGGACCCUACAGCACUGGACAAAACGAAAAAGGAUGAUACACUACACACACAUGAUCCCACUACCCAUGCUUCCCCUGAAGUCCCCGUAUGGACUUGGAAUCACCUGAUCCCCUAUACCCCCGCGAUCAUUCCCGCGAUGGUUGGUAUUGGGCUCAUUGCGUUCUUCCUAUGGAAGUACUUUGCGUACCUCGGCCACAAACGACGACGAACGUAUCGAACCGUGCGUGACAUCCCGUCACCGCCACUCGACGACGAAAUAUUGCAGCAUCUACAACGCGGCGAACUACCGCCACCCGAUUACGGGUACACCAUGAUUAGGGAUAGGCGGCGUCCAUCUGCUGCGGAACGCCGCGGACAACGCCCACCGCGCGUGCAUAAGCGCACGAUCAUCGAGCUACAUUUAGAAGUGCUCAACGAAUGUGAAGCAACCGAGUGGGAAAACGUCAAAGAGGACUAUUUGCACAUACUCGUUGAAGCGUUUGCGCGUGACUUGAUGCGGGAACAGCACAGGAAUAACAAUAUCUUGGGUGUGUCUACCACAAAGCAGCGUUUAUCAGGGACCUGUGUUUCAUCCAACGCAGACCGACCGCGUCAUUACCACGCCCGUCAUCCCACCUGCGACGCCCCCGUUCCAGCCACACACACACCCACAUGUGCUGAUCCUAAGCCCGAAAUCACACAAAAACCUGGCCAAGGUGACCCAGUCCUGCACAUACCAACAUGUGACAUCGUCACGCAUACCACCACGAGUGAGGAUGCUAGGCCCGAAAUCACAGACAGCCCCACAUGCGACACAGUCACGCACAUACCCACAUGUGCGGAUCCUAAGCCCGAAAUCACACAACCACCAGGCUCCGGUAACGCAGUCACAGACACACCCACACGUGAUGAUCCUAAGCCCGACAUCACACAACACACAGUCACAAACGACACAGUCACAGACACACCCACAUGUAAAGCAGUCACAGACAUACCCAUACGUGACACAGUCACGGACAUACCCCCACAUGAACCUCCAAAGCCUGCAAUCAUACAUCCACACACCAACGCCCCAGUCACAGACACACCCACAUGUGAGGAUCCUAAGCCCGAAAUCACAGACAUACCCACAUGUAAAGCAGUCACAGACAGACACACCUGUGCUGAUCCUAAGCCCGAAAUCACACAACACACACUCACAAGCGACACCGUCACGGACACACCCACAUCCCACACUACCACGUGGCUGCGUUGGAUUGACCGCAACAAGCAUCUAUUGCGGGAGUGUAAGGGGCAGCCGUGGUUUUUGCAGCUAACGUUGGAAUGGAAACAAUACCUGCUUGCACACAUGGUGGCAAACGACGCAUCUGGUGUGAACACGACAGCCGCAUUCAUGGACAGCAAGAAGCAUGCAUGGAAAGAAUGGGUUGCAAAACAACAUGCGCUUAUGAAUACAUAUAGUGAGGAGGCGUGGUUCCAACAUUUAUUGAAUAAUGUAGAGGAGGACAAAGUAAUCAUACAAGGAAAAGCUGAAGUACCAGAAAUGGAAAAAAUAGUGCACGCCCAUGACGAGUCCCAGGUGCCAGAACAACAAACCCAUGUAGACACGGACGUGGCCCGUGAACAUAUAGCGUUGGCGACGGUAAAAGACCCAGAACAACAGCACGACCACUAUCCGGAAUUGCGACAUACGGAGCAAUUAACCGCGCACACACUGUGGAUGCUCGUCCUAUCCUUAAUUAUUGAGGAAUGUCAAAUGGAGCAGAAUAUGCACGAAAAGGAGUUAUAUGUGGAUCACCUAUUGGAACAGCUCUGA